AUGGCGCAUAUCGGGAAACUCGGAGAAUUCAGCGACGGUAAGGAGACAUUUGUGAACUACGUGGAGAGGAUGGAGCAGUAUUUUGAAGCAAAUGAAGUCAAAAAUGAUAAAAGGGUAGCUGUGUUUCUGUCGGUAGUUGGACCAACGACGUAUGGUGUCCUUAAGAAUCUGCUUCAGCCUGCUUUGCCGAAAGAAAAGUCAUUUAAAGACAUAGUAAAAACUCUCACAGACUACUACAUGCCAAAACCUUUAGUGAUCUCAGAGCGCUUCAAAUUCAACAAGAGAAACCAGAGAGAAGGUGAGACAGUAAAUGAGUAUGUGUGCGAGUUAAAGAACUCAUCAAAAUAUUGUGAAUUUGGGGACUUUUUGAAGGAGGCACUGAGAGAUAGACUAGUGUGUGGACUAAGAUCUGAAGCCAUUCAAAAGAAAUUACUGUCCGAGGCAGACCUCACUUUUGAAAAAGCAAAACGGAUAGCUACAGCAAUGGAAACUGCGGAAAAAGAUACUUUGUCAUUCACCGGUAACUCUACACCAGUUCAUUAUGUGAAAUCAAAGCCAAAUCAUUGGAGGGACAGAAAAGGAAAAAACCAGAAGCCCAUGGUGGCAGUAAGACAGUGUUUUCGGUGUUGGGAAACAUCAGGCAAAACGAAGGACUAUUCGGUUGACCUAGAGCUAGGAGACAAACUUGUGAAGUUUCAGAUCGACACAGGCAGUGCGAGAACAAUAGUGAAUGAAGCAGUCUACAGAAAUAGACUCUCUGAGUACAAUCUCAAGAAAUCGUCAGCAUCGCUUAAAUCCUAUACCAAGGAGGACAUUCCAGUUCUAGGUGAAUUUGAAGUGACUGCCAAGUAUGGUGAACAAUGUGUGCCACAAAUAUUACUUCUUGUGGUUAAGGGAAACCAGCCCUGUCUUCUAGGAAGAGAUUGGUUGUCAAAGAUCAGACUGAAUUGGGAAAACAUUUUCUCGGUGACAAAUGGAUCGGCUCGUCCAGUUCAUUAUGCCCUCAAGGAAAAAGUGGAGGCAGAAUUAAAGAAACUUGAAGAAAGAGGAGUGAUUUAUCCGGUAAAAACAAGUGAGUGGGCUGCACCAAUAGUGGUGGUUCCAAAACCAGAUAAAUCCGUGAGACUUUGUGGUGACUACAAAGUCACUGUAAAUCGUGUCAUCAGCGAAGAACAGUAUCCCUUACCUAAUACGGAUGAUAUGUUUGCGACUCUAGCAGGAGGACAGAAGUUCACAAAACUUGAUUUGCGACAAGCAUAUUCUCAGUUGGAGCUGAGCAGUGACUCGGAAGAGUAUCUCACAGUGAACACCCAUUUAGGAAUUUAUCGUUAUAGAAGACUAGCCUAUGGGGUGAGUUCAGCUAGUGCCAUUUUCCAAGGAGCAAUGGACAAGAUUUUAAGCGGACUUCCGUAUGUAGUGUGUCGCAUUGAUGAUAUCCUAAUCACGGCUCCAGAUGAUGAUUCUCAUGUCAAGACCAUCCAAGAAGUGUUUCGCCGUCUACGAGAACACAAUAUCACACUUCGGAAGGACAAAUGCAUCUUCAUGGCUGAUCAAGUGAUAUACAUGGGAUUUUUGGUGGACAAACAUGGGAUACAUCCUACAGAUGAGAAGAUUGCUGCAAUACGUGAUGCUCCAAGACCCAAAGAUGUAAAAGGAAGUAAAAGCAUACUUAGAACACUUGAACUAUUAUGGAGCAUUCCUACCAAAUUUAAGUACUGUACUACAGCCUUUACACCAACUACUGAAAAGGGGGGAAAAUUGGUCAUGGACAGACGAGUGUGA